CUAUAUAAGCAGAUCGUUGUCAGCGGUAAAGUCAUCAGUUCAGUUCGCACUUCUGUUCUAGCAAGCUUAAAGAUGAAAUUCCUCUCGGUUGCCUUCCUGCUCGGUCUCCUGGCUCUGACCAGUGCCACUCCUCUGAACCCUGGCAAUGUCAUCAUUAAUGGAGACUGCCGUGUCUGCAAUGUUCAUGGCGGAAAAUGAUAAGGAAAAGCUUAUAAAUCACACAACUUCGGCUACUUAUAUGGAUACUAAAUUACCAAGCAAUAAAUAAUUUCUUAUCAAUUUUAAAUGAGACUAUAACUUGAAAUAAAAUUCCCACGCUAAUCUCUAUGAUUAUUGUAAUACAAA